UUAGCACUACUACAUCUAUACUAUAUUUAUGCAUUUGUGACUUCUGUGCUCUUCCAGUGACAAAAAGCACCUAAUGUCAUUGAGUAUAAAGUACACCGGAGAUUCUUGUUUCUUUAGGCAUCUUGCUAGCAGAUUGCAGGUGGGAUCUCCGGUUACAAUGAGGUUACUGCAACUGCCAUCACAGAAAGAAGAAGCUUAUGAUAAAAUCCCCCUGGUUUGGGAAGAAGACAUACAGAUGCGUUCUAAGUUCUUGGACAGAAAGGAGGAGUUGAAAGCUGACCAUGCGUCAUAUUUAAGAGCGCACCCAGAGAUCCGCGCACUCAUAUCUGACUUCCUGCAAUUUUUGCUCCUCAAAAAACCAAAUGAUGUCUUCCAGUUUGCCAGAGAAUACUUCCUCCCCUUCACCUCAAACACAAGCCUAGAUACCUGAUUACGUUGAUAUCUCACAUUUUCACAAUCACAAGUUUAUAUAACAGCUGUUCAUUCAUCAACACUGGCUACCUUUAUUUUAUGUUAGUGACAUAUGGCAUUAGUGUGUGUGAUCAAAAGAAAAUGUGUUUCUCAGUGUGACAUUGCAUGCGAUUGGGUGGCGACCAAUCCAGGAUAUAGCUUGCUUCUCACACAAAGUCAGAUCGGAUAGGCCCCAGCACUCCAUUCACCCUUAUGAAAAUAAGUGCUAUAACAAAUGAUACAUUUGGGCAGAGUUGAAUGGACAGCACACCUUUCAAAAUAGGAACGCAUUCAAGAAAAUGUCAUUGAAGACAAGAAGAAUCACCAGAAGGAAUUAAUUGAUAAAUGUGCCACGGAAGGGAUUACAAGUGACAGAUCUUUGGAAAGAACGAAGAAUAAAAAUAUUAUG